AUGAACGGCGCUACUCCACCCGACGGUGCUCCCGAGAUCGAUCUCUACGAGAUCCUCGGCGUCCCCAGAGACGCCUCCCAGGCCGAUAUCCGCAAGGCAUACAGAAAAGCCGCCCUGGCCCACCAUCCCGACAAAGUCCCUCCCGAGCAGCGUGAAGAAGCAGAAGCCCGGUUCAAAGCCGCGUCACAAGCCUACGAGAUCCUCUACGAUGACGAGAAGAGACGGCUCUACGAUACCCACGGCAUGGCUGCCUUCGACGGCCGCGGGCCUGGCGGCAUGGGUGCAGAAGUCAACAUGGAGGAUAUCCUGAACAUGUUUGGCAUGGGAGGCGGCAUCCCGGGCAUGGGCAUGCCCGGGAUGGGCGGACCGCGCAGAAUGCGAAGAAGUCCCGAUGAAAACCAGAAAUACGAAGUCUCAUUGGAAGAUUUGUACAAAGGAAAGACAGUGAAAUUCUCGUCCACCAAGAAUGUGAUCUGUUCCAAGUGCAAGGGCACGGGCGGAGCGGAGAAGGCCCAGGCCAAGGAAUGUUCUCAAUGCAAGGGCCAGGGUGUCAAGCAAGUCUUGUCACAAGUCGGGCCGGGCAUGUUGACCCAGCGCAUGGUCGAAUGCGGCGCAUGCGAGGGGACCGGGCAGGUCUUCAAUCCCAAGGACAAAUGCAAGAAAUGCAAGGGCAAGCGCGUCACGGAAGAGAAGAAACAACUCGAACUCUACAUCCCUCGCGGCGCCCGGGAAGGCGAUCAGAUCAGAUUGGAGGGGGAGGCCGACCAAGUCCCCGGUGCAGAACAGACGGGAGACAUCGUCUUCCACCUCGUUGAACAAUCCCACGAAGUCUUCCAGCGGACGGGCAACGAUCUCAGCGCGAAACUCGACAUCACGCUGGCGGAAGCAUUGACUGGCUUCCACCGCGUGGUGCUUAAGCACCUUGACGGGCGUGGCAUCGAACUCAAUCAUCCCCAAGAGCCUGGCCAAAUCCUCCGUCCCGGUGAAGUGCUCAAGAUCAGAGGUGAAGGCAUGCCCAUGAAGAAGUCGGACGCCAAGGGCGACCUCUACCUGGUCGUCGAGAUCGCCUUCCCCGAAGACGGCUAUUUCCUGGAGAAGCCAGGCUCCCUGGAGCAGCUGCAGAAACUGCUCCCGGGACCCGAACCUCCGAUUGAGGAUGUCGAGGAAGCCGACGAGGUGCAUUUCGAGCUUGCCGAUAUCGAUGAGAUUGGUGGCGACGAGGCACAAGGCGCGUGGGAGGACGACGAGGAUGGACCGCAGCAAGCUCAGUGUCAGACUCAGUAG